AGCAGCCCUCCCUCUUCUGCCUGGCGCCAGGAGGCUGUUUUUCCAUUCUCUGGCUAGAAAGUUCCACGCCACUGUUUCUUUCUCUCUCUUUUCUGGAGUUAAAUUUGUCUGCAGAUGCCUGCUCUUCAUCUGUAGACGCCUCCAGUUAAGUUUGUUUGUAACUGGGCCCAGAGCUCGUCGCUUUCAAACGCUGGGCCCGGGACCCGACGCGGACCCGGUUGCAAAAGCAAAGCCGGCAGUGAACCCCGUGAGGCCACUUUGCCUCACUUUGCCUCGCGGUCAGGAGCGCCUUCCCAGUGUCUGCGGGAGCCCACACUGCUGUCAAUCCAUCAGGAAUCCAAGGCCACGGGGGCUUGCAACCAGCUUUAGGAAGCACCAGUUCAGCCACUGCAGGAGCUAAAAUGGCGUGAUCAUGCUCUGCCGUGGGCUGUCCUCCGGCCUGCUGCGCUCCUUGCUAGUCUCACCAGAAGCCAUCAGUUCUGCCCUCUUCUGCCUCCUCCUGCAUAUCCCAUCCCCGGCCCGCCAGUCACCAUGGCGGCCUUGAUUGCAGAGAACUUCCGCUUCCUGUCUCUCUUCUUCAAGAGCAAGGAUGUGAUGAUUUUCAAUGGGCUGGUGGCCCUGGGCACGGUGGGCAGUCAGGAGCUGUUCUCAGUGGUGGCCUUCCACUGUCCCUGCUCACCCGCCCGGAACUACCUGUAUGGACUGACAGCAAUCGGCGUGCCUGCGCUGGCCCUCUUCCUUAUCGGAGUCAUUCUCAACAACCACACUUGGAACCUAGUCGCCGAGUGCCAGUACCGGAGGGCCAAGAACUGCUCCGCGGCCCCCAACUUCCUCCUCCUCAGCUCAAUCCUGGGCCGUGCAGCUGUGGCUCCAGUCACCUGGUCUGUCAUCUCCCUGCUCCGAGGGGAGGCCUAUGUCUGUGCUCUCAGUGAGUUUGUGGACCCCUCCUCGCUCACAGCUGGGGAUAAAGGCUUCCCCUCAGCCCAUGCUACGGAGGUCCUAGCCAGGUUCCCUUGUGGAGGGGGCCCCGCCAACCUAUCGAGCUUCCGAGAGGAGGUCAGCCGCAGGCUCAAGUAUGAGUCUCAGCUCUUCGGAUGGCUGCUUAUCGGUGUGGUGGCCAUCCUGGUGUUCCUGACCAAGUGCCUCAAACAUUACUGCUCGCCACUCAGCUACCGUCAGGAGGCCUACUGGGCUCAGUACCGCACCAACGAGGACCAGCUGUUCCAGCGCACAGCAGAGGUGCAUUCGAGGGUCCUGGCCGCCAACAACGUGCGCCGUUUCUUUGGCUUUGUGGCUCUCAACAAGGAUGACGAAGAGCUGGUUGCCAAGUUCCCAGUGGAAGGCACACAGCCACGGCCACAGUGGAACGCUAUUACAGGGGUCUAUCUGUACCGAGAGAACCAGGGCCUCCCACUCUACAGCCGCCUACACAAGUGGGCCCAGGGCCUGACGGGAUUACAAGUGAGGACCACUACACCCAGUUUAGGUGGUGCAUGUUAGGUUCCAGUACUUCUCCAGGAGCACUGUCACUGUAAGACGCGAUCACUGCCCAGGUACCUGCCCGAUGUUCACAGCUCCUGUUUUCUUCUGACUGCUCUCAACACUCGGAUCCUUUGGCCCAGAGUCACUCAACAGUCUGAAGGACAGGAGCAUCCUCUCCUUGGAAGGCUCACAGCUCAGCACUGCCACCUUUACCACCUGGUGGGAAAUCACACGUGUCUGUCACCUCCUGCAGCAGCAGGCCUUCAGAACCCUCCAUGAGCUCUGCAGGGACCUGGGAGAUCCAUCAAGACCUUAGGUCAGAUCCAAAGGCAGAGAGAAAAGAUGAUGGAUCCAGAGACUAUAUUAAAAGCCCCUCAAGCCAACCCUCUACAGUGAGGACAUAACUAACUUCUGGUUAUAAGCCUAAAGUUUUAAGAGAAACAAACACAACCUCACUAGAGCAGCAGCACUACUACUUCUCUGGUGUGGACUCCAGUGAGUACUUCUGGGUUAUCUAUCACUCACCCUCUUUUUACUGGCUCGGGCCCACUUUAUUUGUGCUCCCUCCUCUUCCUCUUAAAAGCAGCUCUAUGUGUACUGCUCCUUUAAACCUGCGCUCACAGUCACUAAGGGUGGGAGGCCUGUGCAGGAAGGGUUACCUGGCCAGUGUAAAAGACCUUCUCUGGGUCCGGGAUGUGCUGGGUGCUAAGCUCAUGCUUAGGCACUAGCCCCUGCACAUCGUUGUAGAACUUCACAAUGCAGCCAUAGUCCUUGACCCGUAUGAUAACCCCGUGCGUCCGCAGGCCAGGCUUGGCACCCUCAUAGCAGGUGAGGAGAGGCAGUUUGGAUGUGACAAGGGUUUUUUUCAGGGUCAUAAUUAGCUUCUUGGCUUCAGGGUCACAGAGCAAAACCUACGGGAAAGACAAAAGCUAUCAACAAGUCAUCUGUUAACAAGACAGUCACUGGUGUGCCACCUCAGUAACCCGAAGGCCAUAGGUCACUCCAAAGACCUUUUAUCUCUAAUAAUUGCAGCUGCAAAUCUUUUUUUUUCCUGCAAUAUGGCUAGCUAAAGCACAGAAAUCUCUCAGUCUCUCCAACGGCACCACGCCUCAGGCCUGCUGAGUCACCCUGUAACCUUGUUAGUGCUAUUUAUCGGGCUGAACAAUCUGAUUACCUGUUUUUAAUUCCUCAACCUCACUACACAAAAAUUUGCACCAAUGUACACUAUGGGCCUUUAUGAAUCAAUAAUAAUGAAGUACAGUAAACGUAAGAAAACCCAGUUCUAGCCAGUGGUAUAUUUAAAUGAAACAUCAUACUUAGCACACAGGAGGCACUGAAGCCAACUAUCAGUACCAGGACCAAGCAGAACCAGGAACGCACGCCCACUGCCUCAACACUCCAGGCCCCAUGCAGGGCCCUUUGUAAACAUAGCAUCACUCUUUAUAUAACGAGAGUCUCAAGGGAUUCAAUUAUUUGUUGGAAACCUCUCAUGGUUUUGCAGCAUAAUCUGAGCUAUUGUCCUUGUUUUUUAAAUGAAGUUAAUUUGUUGUGUGUGUCCAAGGGCAUAUAAGCGCCAUGGUGUUUGUGUUUGUAUGUAGGAGAGUGGGAGGCAUGGACACGCCAUGGUGCAUGUAUGAUUGGGGUGGGAGGAGCUAUGCAGGUGUCAUGAUGUAUGUGUGCACAGCUCAGAGCAAGGUUCUCUUCCUUCACGAUGAGGGGCCAGGGGACCCGACUCGGGCCGCAGCAAGGACAGCACCUUUAUCCACUGAGCUACUUCCAGUGUCUGGGACACUUUUGAAAUAAGACUUUGAUUGGUAUAUGUUUUAUACACAACAAUGAGUUUUACUAUG